UUUGGCAACUUCUUUCAACACUUUAGUUUCGGAGAAUAAAACUACGGAGCUGGGGUCGAUUGAAUUUCUAACCAAUUUUGUACCGGAUCUAGGACUAUAUUCACAACAAAGGUUAUUUUGAGGACGCUUAAUCAAGCUUUAAUCUUCAUUAAUCUUUGAACAAACUAACGAGCGAGGGGUCUUAAAACAGUUAAAACUUUAAGCCAAAAAUGAAAACAAUUUAAAGUUGAAACUUUGACGGUAUUGCGUGGUAACUGGUACCAAAGAUCCAGAGAUUAUAGGUCACUUUAUCGCCAUAUUUUGAAGAUCUUCCGUUCUGGGGUUUGGCGAGAGAAAUCCUUCACUUUUCCAAUCAAACUUCUUUGAAUGUAUACACACAGUUUUGUGAUGCUGAAUUCAAGUUUCAAUUCCAGUUCAAGUAGCGGCGAGCAAGUCAUUUCACGAGAAGCGACGAUAUUUUAUUGCCUUAUAAUGGGACUGAUUUUGACAACGGCGGUGUUUGGGAACUGCCUUGUUCUUCUGGCAGUCAAACGAACAAAAUCUCUACGAAACACUGCGGCAAUCUUGGUAGUAAACCUCGCUUGUGUAGACUUGGCAGUAACUAUUUGUAUAGUGCCAUUUGUAAUCACCACGGCGUCUGCUCAAGGAUGGGUGUUGUCAGACAAGCUGUGUAGAGUCACAGGUUUCUUCAACUCGUUUUUGACAGCAGCACAGAUCAUGGCUUUACUUCACAUCAGUGUAAAUCGUUUCGUUGCUGUGACUUAUCCUCACUCGUACGACACAAAACUGUCGAAGAAAAUUACUCUAAUGAUGGUUAUAGCGGGCUGGAUUCAUUCUAUGUUUUGGUGUUUGAUGCCGUUUUAUGGCUGGGGCGCCAUUGGCUUCAUCAAUGGAACUUUAUUUUGCAAUAUUUUAUGGUCUCAGCAAAUAAGCUUCGCUGCUACAGUCCAAGUUAUGUGUUAUUUUAUCCCGUGCAUUAUCGCCGGUGUUCUGUACCUCGGUGUCUACAUCAAUAUACAUAAACACAUAAAAAAAGAACGAACUAGGUCGACCAUGUCACUAGGUGAGACAAAUAUUGCAGCUGCCGUCACGCGAUCCGGUGAUACGAUCCGAAACUCAAUCCAUGGAUCUUUGGAAGACGUUGAGGAGGCGCGAGCGAGCAGGGAAGCAGCGAGAGCUGCUAAGCUUAAAAGGAAACGACAGCGUACAAUGGAGAACCGAGUGACCAAGACUCUACUCGGAGUUGCUGUCGCUUUUGCUGUUUGUUGGUUUCCCAGAGGAAUUGCAAACUUGUGGGCACUGUCUGUGGAUCGACAGAAUGUACCUCUCGCUUUGGAGUACGCGUCGACUGCUUUCGUCUUCUUGAAUUCGUCCGUAAACCCAGCCAUCUAUGGCGCUCUCAAUCGAGACUUCUACAGAGCUUUUGUUGGUAUUCUUUCUUGUGAUAGGAGGAUUGGACGAAACAGAAGUGAUACUGAAAUAUCUGCUGGAUCAAUAUCGUUGGCAAGAAAGAUAUAGAGUAAUAUGCAAUGCCCUAUUACCCUCGACCUCAUGUCAUUAUAUAUUUGUCGGGGGUAUCAGGGGUAUUUGAACUAUACUUAGCUCUCUUAACCUCUAUCUUAUUGUAGGAAGAUAUAGUUAUAUGCAAUACCCUAUUACCCUCGACCUUAUGUCACUAUAUAUGAGUCGGUCGUAUCAGGGGUAUUUGAACUUAACUUAGCCCUCUUAACCUCYAUCUCAUGGUCAUCGCAACAAACAGAUUGCGUAAUUGACCUUCUUAGCCUCGAUUUCAUGUAAGACGGAUCAUCGUCUAGGAAUGACAAUCGCUAAUGGAAAGUCUAAGGUUAGACUAAGCCCUCUUGACCUCGAUCUCAUGUCAACUCUUGGUGUUCUGUUACUGGAAGCCUGAUCUCACUGAGCAGGUUAAUGAUAUUAUCUGGAAUGAAAAAUGACGUUUUUAUAUUGGGCUAUAAAAAUGUAAAUAGUUUACAGAUUGCGUACACAGUAUGACACAUGCAAUUAUCAUAAUGUAUAUAAACGAAUGUUAAAUCAUAAAACAAUAUUAUCAAUUCCAUGCAUGCACUGUAAGCUGUAUUGUAACAUUGAUUUUUACAGCGGCUGCGCGCAAAAGUAUGACCGCAUUAAAUGUGUUCGCAUGCUUCUCUGCACAGGCUUUUUGCGGCCAAACGAGCUCUUACACGCCUUACACGGUCAAAUCUAGUCAGAUGACCACUCGACGUUACAAUACAUCGAAUCUACAGCACUUUCUCUAUGUAUCCAUUAGUUACGACUCUGACGACAGCGAACCAAUCACAAUUGCAGCGGUUUUCCCUGUAGAAUUACACUAAUCUUGUCCAACAAACAACUACACAGUAUCUAAGUUGUUUCAAAGUAUACCACAAGGAUUACGAGGCGUUUUUUAUUUAUUUUCACAGAAGAGUAAACGAUUGAGACAGUUUAUAUUUAAUUUUCAGGAAUCAUGGUUAUAAACCCUUAGAUAUUCUAGCCAAUUUGCUGAGCUUCUGGGACAUAGCAACGGUAACUAAGGGAAGUCGAAAUCAUAAAUUUUUUUGAUAGAGUGAAGUCAUUAAACGCGUGAAAUAGACAUUAGACUAAUACACUUUAGUAGACCCUAAUUCCAUUGUUUUCUUCUGUGUCUAUUUGACUAUUACACGUUGACUAACGUUUUUUAUUUCACGGGUUAAAUGCCUUCACUCUAUACGAUGGUCUAAUUUUGCUAAAGGUUGAAAGUACGAGUGCAACUCAGUUGAUGUAAUAUAUUAUGAAAUAAAAUCGUUUUCUAUA